ACAGUCUGGAUAUCAUAUCUGUGUCUCUUUCUCAUAGAUAUACACACACAAAUAUACGAGAGAGCAAAGGAGAACCUGCAUUGACAGCACAACUCCCCAUCCAAAUUAACCCUUCUCUUUCUCUCUCUUCUCAACAAUGGCGACUACACUCGCCUCCCUCCUACUCCCACCACUUCUGCUACCUCUCCUCCUCCUCCUCUCCGCAGCCACCGCCUCAGAUCUCUCCACUGACCGCGCCGCCCUCCUAGCCCUCCGCUCCGCCGUCGGCGGCCGCACCCUGUUCUGGAACACAUCCCUAACCACCCCAUGCAACUGGGCGGGUGUCCUCUGCCAAGACAACCGCGUCACCGUCCUCCGCCUCCCCGCCGCCUCCCUCUUCGGCCCCCUCCCCGCCUCCGCUCUCUCCAGCCUCACCGCCCUCCGCACCCUCAGCCUCCGCCUCAACCACCUCUCCGGCCCCCUCCCCUCCGACCUCUCCGCCCUCACCCAGCUCCGUAACCUCUACCUCCAGGGCAACCACUUCUCCGGCCUCCCGCCCCCUUCCAUUUUCUCCCUCCACGCCCUAGUUAGACUCAAUCUCGCUUCCAACAACUUUUCCGGCCAAAUUCCGCCCCAAUUAAAUAAAUUGACCCGCCUCCGCACCCUUUUCUUGGAGAAUAAUCACUUCACUGGAAAUCUCCCCGAUAUUGACCUCCCAAAUCUUGAUCAAUUCAACGUCUCUUUCAAUAAUUUAAACGGCUCUGUUCCGAAAGGCCUUCUCACGAAAUCAAAGGAUUCAUUUCUGGCGACAUCUCUUUGUGGGAAGCCUCUUGACAGACUGUGUCCCGGCGAAGACCCUGCUAUCGCCGCCGGAGGGGUCGGCCAGACCUUUGGGGGGAACAAGAAGAAGAAACUUUCCGGCGGCGCCAUUGCCGGAAUUGCCAUUGGAUCUGUUGUCGGGCUGCUUCUUUUGUUACUACUACUGUUUCUCUUGUGUAGGAAGCGGAGCGGGAACAAGGCGCGGUCAGUUGAAGUAGCGGCGGUGGUCAAGCAUCAAGUAAACGAUUCGGCCGCCGCGCAGAAGCCCCCCGCCGCCGCAGAGGCUGUGAACGUCGACGAGUUAUCAGCGGCGACGGCGGUUGCGAAGAGCAACGAGAGCAAUGCGGCUGUGGAUGUGAAGAAGCUGGUUUUCUUCGGGAGCGGGGCGAGGGUGUUUGAUUUGGAGGAUCUGCUGAGGGCUUCGGCAGAGGUGCUGGGAAAGGGGACGUUUGGGACGGCGUACAAGGCGGUGCUGGAGGUGGGGACGGUGGUGGCAGUGAAGAGGCUCAAGGAUGUGACCAUUUCGGAGAAGGAGUUCAAGGACAAGAUUGAUAGUGUUGGAGCUAUGGAUCAUCUGAAUUUGGUGCCUCUUAGGGCUUACUACUAUAGUAGGGAGGAGAAGCUUCUUGUCUAUGACUACAUGCCUAUGGGAAGCCUUUCUGCACUUCUACAUGGAAACAAGGGAGCUGGCCACACGCCGUUGAACUGGGAGUUGAGGUCCGGCAUUGCCCUUGGAGCUGCACGAGGCAUCGAAUACCUCCACCAGCAAGGCCCCGACGUCUCCCACGGAAACAUAAAGUCCUCCAACAUCCUUCUCACCAAGUCACAUGACGCACGCGUCUCCGACUUCGGCAUGAACCAUCUAGUCGGGCCCCCAUCCUCCCCCACGCGCGUUGCUGGCUACCGCGCCCCGGAGGUGACCGACCCCCGCAGAGUCUCCCAAAGGGCCGAUGUCUACAGCUUCGGUGUCCUCCUGCUGGAGCUGCUCACGGGGAAGGCGCCCACGCACGCCCUCCUGAAUGAGGACGGGGUGGACCUGCCGCGGUGGGUGCAGUCUGUGGUUCGUGAGGAGUGGACCUCAGAGGUGUUCGACCUCGAGCUCCUCCGCCACCAGCAUUUGGAGGAGGAGAUGGUCCAGCUCCUCCAGCUUGGGAUCGACUGCACGGCUCAGUACCCGGACAACCGGCCCUCGAUCUCUAAGGUCGCCGCCCGCAUCGAGGAGCUCCGGUCCUCCGGCUUGAAAGGCUUUCAAGAACAGCCUGAUCAAGUGAGCGAAACAGAUUGAUUUAUAAUUUAACUGAUUGAUUCUAGUUGAGAUUUGAAGGGAAAAAAGAGAAAGUAGCAUCAACAUUUUUACUCGAUCUUGAUCUCUGCAUGAAGUUGUACUCGUUUGUUAAAUUUGCUCUCUCAAUUCUUGUUUGUCAGCUUUCCAGCUCACAUUUGUAGUACUACACAAUUGUCCUUUUUUGACUGUGAGGGGUGGAAAUGGAAUAGAGUUGUUCUGUAA